AACAGGCAGUUUGUGCACCCAACUGACACCUUGUAGAAACAGCGAGGAUGCAUUAGACUAUUAUUUUGCUCAUCUUUUCUUUACAUUUUUGUGAUUAUUUUAAGUUCAAGUGGAUUUUUCAGUAUUUCAAAGGCCCUCUGGGUUACGGUGGCAUUGCUGUGCUCAAGGUUGUCCUGUGUACAAUGGGGGUCAAAGCAGCUCUUCCGAGGUAUGAGCUCUACGUGUACAAUGUGGUGCUGUGUAUGGCAAUGCUCUGGGCUGCCCGAUGGAUAUUUGACGUGUCCAGUUCAAAUUCCAACAAAAAAACCUUCAAGAUCACUGUUCAGCCAGGAUGGUACUACUCUGGCAGAAAAAUGGAUACGGCUGACGUCGAGUGGAUGAUGUGGUUCUCCACCUUCAGAGUGCAUAUCAUCUUUGCACUCUCAGGUCAUGUGAUCUUUGCCAAGAUCUGCUCCUUGCUGGCUCCGCAGUACAGAUCUCUGGUGUUCAUGGUGUACGGUAUGCUGGCAGUUUUCACCAGUAUGGGUUGGGCUUACGUCAUGCUCAUCCUGUCCCACUGUGUGCUGCUCUAUAGCAUCUCUCUGGUCAAGCUCAGGUGGCUCUGCUUCGUUGCUGGACUCACUACAUUGGCUACUUUCAAAAUGGAGCCCUUCAUUUCCUGGCAGGCAGGUUUUGUGACUGGCAAUUUUGAUUUCCGUCCUCUUCUGUUUUACGGCGGCUGUGGUUUCACUGUCAUGCGCUGUAUGAGUUUCGCUCUUGAGAACUGUGAGAGAAAAGACGGAAACUACAGCAUCCUGGAGCUUCUCAAGUACAACUUUUACCUCCCCUUCUUUUACUUCGGACCCAUCAUGACCUUCGACAAGUUCUACAUUCAGGCCAAUAACCCUGACCUGACGAGGAAGGACGGGGAGAUGUGGAACAUUUCCAUCCAGGGCCUGCUACACCUGGGGGUUAUUAUGAUAGUGGCAGUCCUCUUUCACUUCAUGUACAUUCUGACCAUUCCUAAUGACAUGAAGCUGCUUAAACACAUCUCUGACUGGGCCCUCGUUGGAUUGGCCUACUUAAAUCUGGUGUAUGAUUGGGUGAAAGCGGCAGUGAUGUUUGGAGUGAUAAACACAGUAUCAAGACUGGAUCACCUGGACCCUCCCAAACCCCCGAAAUGCAUUACAAUGCUUUAUGUUUUCUCCGAGACACACUUUGAUCGAGGAAUAAACGAAUUUCUAUGCAAGUAUGUUUAUAACUAUCUAGGCGGAAAACAUGAGGAUGUUUUGGAUGAGCUGAUAGCCUCUCUGUGCACGUUUGGCAUCACGGCCCUCUGGCUGGGACCAAGCUGGGUGGUUUUCAUCUGGUCUUUCUUAAACUGCUUUGGCCUUAAUUUUGAAUUGUGGACCGCAAAACUCUUCUCCAUGGAACCUUUUAUUUCAAUUGAGAUGGCGAUAUCAGAUUCUAUGUCGCGCAGGAUCAGGGCUGUGUUUAAUACCUUCAACUUCUGGACAAUUGUCCUUUACAAUGUCCUGGCCCUGAAAAGUCUUGAAUUUGCCAAACUGGUUGCAAAUAGAUUGUUACUUAAAGGUUUCCCUUUCACCACCAUCACUGUGAUGUUCGUCACCUACUGCUUGAUUCAGCUGAUUAAGGAAAAGGAAAGAAGACAAGCUUUGAUUGACGAUCCAGACCCAAUCCCAAUCCCAAUCCCAAUCCCAAUCCCACCUCCAGCUCCUGUUCCUGCACCCACUUCCACAGACCCCAGCAUCACCCAGAUGGACGCUGCUGCCACCCAGCCUGUGGACCCAAACAAGCAAAAGGCAGAGUAGAGAUUACACAUGAUGAUUAUAU